AUGAGAAAGCCGAAACCAUGGAAGAAGAACGAUUGGGCCGUAUCAAACGAUGAUAUUAUCGAGAAACGAAAUAAUAUUAAUCAUUUGUCAAGAUUAUUACGUGUCACAAAAUCACCAGCCGUCUCUUCCCGUAUUCAUCGCGAGCAAUCCAAACGAAAACGACGUAAAAAAGAGCCACCAUUCCUUCUACGAAAUUGCAUCAAAGCACGGGAAGAAUGGAGCAAAUAUGAGACGAAAAUGAAGCAGUGGGCAUCGGAGCAGUAUGAGAAAAAGAAACGUGAACGAAAGGCAGCACGAGAUGCUUUGAAAGCGCACAAUGAAUCCAGCACUGAGAGUAAUUGUUCGUCUCGUGGUGAACAUUCUAGCUUCGAGAAGAGUUUGUUCGGUGCUCAAGAGGGAGGCCUACUCAGAUCGUUCUACACUAUAUGGAAUAUAAAUCGUCUGAAGGCACAAACGGCAACUUGUGAGGAGGCACGUGAAGCAAUCGAAAAGUUAUCGCAAUCACCAAGCGUUGAGCGUUGUCUGACGAGGACGCCGAAUGGUGGCAUAAAAGAAGAGAUUAUCGAAGAUCCUAGUAGUCUUUCGUGGAGAGCGAAACGUACAUUGAGGAUAUUGGCAAGUGUAAACCGAGAUGAUGACGACCUUCCGGAGCACAGCGAUUCAGAGGAUGGCGUUGAGAUUUGGAAUCGUCGUAUUGAAGCAUUGCGAGCCAAUUCAGCUUUGAUGUUAUCGGCUACUAACGUUACUAACACAACAGCUGAUAACGAUCAACUAAUGCGAUCUGCUCACGACGAUGCUGAAGAGAAGAACGGGCAACUGAUCGCAUCAUCUCCACCUCCAGAGUCCAUAACCGAAAAAUGCCCAAAAACUGGUGUCGAAAGUGCUGAGCUCGACAAAUCUGUAACACCUGGAAGUGGCGAUCAAAUUACGCGGAGACUCAGAUCGGCUGAUCGCUCAUCCGAGUCGACUGAAUCACCGAACAAGACAAAUACUCCAAAAAAGGGUCGAACUCCAAGAAGACGCCGCACUAAAAUUCGUAUCGAGACAUCACCGAACGAAAACUUCCACAGAAUCGAUGCAAAGGAAUCAUCAGAC